AUGACUUCUUUUCCUUCUGCUGCUCCUACUAUCGCCUUCUGGGGUGCUGUCCCGAGAAGACUGAUCCUCACUCUCAUCAUCAUAGCAUCGUCUUCCAUGGGAUGCGAAGGCAGGGGUUGUCAUGACAACGAGCUCAGGGCCUUGCUCGAGAUCAGGAAGGCUUUCAACUUCCCCAAUGUCUCGGCCUUGCCAGACUGGGGCCACUCAACAACAAAUGGGGGAACAGACUGCUGCGGAUGGCCUGGCAUAACCUGCGACUCCAACACCGACCGCAUAGUCGAGAUGGUUUUAUUUGCCAAGAGGCUGAGUGCUGCGGAGGAGACAUGGCACCCAGACCUUACCAUGUUGGCAGAGUUUGGAAAGCUAGAGAGGUUGAAUUUGGGGUUCAAUCACAUGGGCGGUGUCAUUCAAGAGGGUAAGUAACAUCUUUCAAUUGUGAAAAGCAACUGGUUCAUUUGAUUUCUUUUUUACUGAAGACAGGUGCCGAGAUUCGCUUUCAUCAAUGUGAGUAUUCAGUUCACAAUAUAUUUGCUCUCAAUAGAUUUAAGAACUGUAAAUUUCUCUCUUUCAUUUCUUUCAUGUCUUGCAGUUGUUUGUGUCUUGAACCUCCUAAAGGCUUUGGAUCUGUCAUUGAACAAGUUGGAGGUUCCAUUCCAUCAUGUUUGUGCACCUUGGGAUUCCUAAUAGAAAUAUAUCUCAUAACGGAUUGGGAGGCAACAUUGAUAAGCUCAAAUUAGGCUUCCAUAGCCGUUGUUAUGCUCUGAGUUUAUAAAAAAUAUUUAUAAUUAUUUUUCAUCUACUGAUCUACUCUAUUAUAUGAAUAGGGCAAGUAGGAGGUCAAUCUUUAGGGAAUUGAGAUUUUUAUUUGUAAUAUGGUUUAAGCUGAAGAGGUAGGUAAGAGAUUAGAGAGAUUAGACGGGGAGGAAAGAGUAAUGGAAGAAUGUGAAUCUUGAUUUUCGUGAUUGUGAAUGAUUCUAAAAAAAUCGAGAUUUCGAUUUUAGAAUUGAGAGACGUUUUAGACACUCAUACUAAAGGCUUAGGGGAAUGAUUUGAAAGAAGAGAAGAUGAUGAAAGGCAAGAGACUCAAGAAGAUCUUGAUCUUCCUACGAAGAUCAAGAUAUCCAUGAUCUCAAGAGGGACGGUUGAACUAGGGUUUGAUUUUCUGAGGAAUAGAAAAGAAGAUGGAGAGAACUAAUCUUAUUGAAUAUCAGAGGAUGAAUCACGAAUUUCAUGACCUGAAGUGCAUACCUUGGGUCUAUAUAUUUCGCUCAGACCAAGCAGUUUUCUCUAGCAAAAACACACUUGAAAGAUCAAGAACAAACUUCGUAAUAGUUCACCUUUGUUCAGGUUUAUCAACCUGGAUCUUGGGAAAGCCUUUUUCUGCGGCCAACCUCUACUAGAGUAAUCUCCAGCAUGCUGCCAAAAGAAAGGAGAAAAGGUUUUAUACAUAGGGAUGCAUUUCGCAAAAGAACCCUCCCCCUUUCCUAUUAUCUUUCCAUGCCUUUUCUCCUACCUUCCUUUGCUUAGGCGUCCGUUAGAUCUCAAAUUCGUGGCCCAUCUUAGAGAAAGAUGGUUAAAGAGAUAUUGGGCUAUAACAGGUCGUGUUUAGCUGUGGUCUUUUAGGUAUUUCUUGGCCCACAACACUUUCCUUAGUGAGAGAGUUGACACCAGAUCCCAUAAGAACUAUGGGAGCAGUCCCCGGAUGGGUGACCUCCUUGGGAAGUCCCCGGGUACGUGUGCAUGCGUGUGAAGUACCGGGAUGGGUGACCUCUGAGAAGUUUGGCCCAAGAUAGUUAUCCGAAAAAAAUAAUAAUAAUAAUAAAAUAUUCAUGAAUAAUAACACUGUUUGACUUCUAAGAAAUCACACAGGUUACCCAUAAGAAAAUAAAUCAAGAGUGUUCACAUGUGCAUAAAAAUAGAGUAUGAUGCUUUAAGAUUAAUAUUCACAAGAUGGCAUAAAUUCCUUGUAUAUUUAUAUCAUUAAUAAUUCCAUUGUAAUCAUGAAAUUCAUAUAUAUAUAUAUAUCAACGAAUUUUUCAUGAGAACUUAUAAAUAGGAAGUCAUUACUCAUAUUCAUAGUUUUAAUAUUACAAACAUGAUCUUGGCGAAUUUCUGAGCUCAAAAGCAUGUGAAAUCAUAGGUAUUAUCACUAUAUUUAUCAUGUUAUCAUACAUUCCUUCCUAUUUUGACAGAUUUCAUUUCCUAACAUGCCUUGAUUUGUCAAACCGUUCUAAGGGAACUACUCAUCCUACUUGUGUAACAUGCGGUCCUUGACAUAUCUCCAUCUAUCUAGUGAUAGAUUGUGAACCAGUAUUCCGUCAUGCAUGGGCUACUUGAAUAAGCUCAAUACUAUCAAUCUUGAUGGUAGUGGGUUCAAGGGAAUCUCUGCUAUAGAUCAGUCAUCGUUAAGUAAUCUUAGCAAAUUUACAUUUUGAAAUGUGAAAAUAUCCUUUAGAGAAUUUUAAUAAUUUAUUUAUUUAAAUAUUACUUAAUAUAAAAUGCAGUUUAGCUUUAAAAUUAGUGGGAUUUCUCCAGGUCGAACAUAGAAUAAUCUUAAUUCUCUGGCAAAAAUUCAGAUUAUUUUCGUGACUAUACUAAUUUCUAUGAAUGUUUCUUUGAAAUAACUAAUUUUAAAUCCUUUUUCAUUGAUCAUUCUUGCAGGAUCGAUUUUGAAUGAUUUUGAGCUUUAUUUUUUUUGAAACAAAUUUUAAGUAUGUCGAUAAAAGAAGAUUCAAAUAAUUUAAAUAGGCCCAAAAGAUGCACAAUAAAUUUCACAAAAAAUCAAAAGAAAUGCCUCGGUUGUCUAUCACAUGAUGGGGCUAAAAUCGAACGAAUGUGCACAGUAUAUGCCCCAUUUCCUCAUUUGUGCUCCCCCGAACGAAGAUAUGAUGCUAUGGGAUCAACUAGGGACGGCAACAGCAUUGGCUGGUGGCUCUCUAGUACACUCUAAAGCAAGAUUCGAAGACUGAACUGAAUAUGCCUUUUGUAGUUUCCAAUCCUCAACAAGAUAUGUUUUUAUUUUUAAAGAAAAAUUGAGAAUUUUUGGAGCACAUUUGAUGAGAUUUUUGCAAGGUCAAACUUUGGAGUUUACCCAUGGAUAAAACUGUAAAAAAGAAAAAAAUAAAAGGUAAAAAAAUAUUGGAGUUUCCAAUCCUCAUUUUUGUGUCUUCUCAAAUUUUUUUAAAAAAUAAAAAAUGUUCAUCUAAACAUAUUUACUCCAAAGUUCAAAAUAAAAAAUAGAUAAAUAAAUGUAAGAAUAAUUAAGUAUAAAAUAACUAAUUCCUAAUAUUUUCAUGCAUUCAGUGUAAAAUUCAAAUUUCCUGAAUUAAUGCUGAUAAAUGUGAUUUAAUAUAAACUUAUCAUCAUUUAGUAUCUAAAAUAUGCUCAUUAGAAUGCAUAAAUCACAUGUUUUUAGUCUCUCAUUCGCCAUCUUUAGUAAUCUGACCAGGUUGUCCUUUCUUGAAAUAGAUGGUGAUGGGUUGGAUGGAACCUUUAGGCUUGCGGUGUUCACCAAUCUUUCCAAACUUGAAUACGUCUACAUGUCUUCUAAGGGUGGUUUAGAGAUCGACAUGGAGUACCCCAUCUCUUGGGUCCCAACUUUCUAACUCUAAUUUUCGCAUAUUGAUGAUUGUUUGGUUAAUAGGCAUAGUGGUAAUGGACUUCCCACCUUCCUAUCUACCCGGGAUGGACUACAAACUGUUUAUUUCACAGUACCUCAAUGACAGGGCCACCACAUGUUGGCCUCUUUUGCAACUCGACUUUAUCUGAAUUGGUUCUAACACAAAUCCAAUUUUCUGGUCCAUUUCUUCUCCCUCGCCACAGUUGCUUCUCAGGAUACUUAUGUCAUCGAUUUACCCUAUAAUAAUCUACAUGGAUCCCUACCAGAGAAUAUUGUCCUUUCUUUCCCUAUGUUGAUGAUUUUUAAGCUGACAUGAAACAAGUUGGGAGGACAAUUUCCUACAUCCUUCAAGCGUGCACCCUUGCUUUUACUAGACUCGAGUGACGACAUCUUAAUGGGAAAUCUGCCACACACUUUCAUGAGAAAUCAGACCAAUUUAUGGUAUUUCAAUGUGUCUUACAAUCACCUCGAAGGAGAUAUCCUCCUUUUUGAUGCUCAUAUUCCAUACCUUGGUUACUUGAUCGCCAACAGCAACAAUUUUAUAGGUUCACGUCUCUCAAAAUUCUCCAACUCUUCUCACUUGGAAAUUAUUGAUGUUGGAUACAAUAGCUUUGUUGAAAAUUUCUCUCACAAUUUUCCCUAUUUUCCUUUUAUGACAAUACUUUCCUUGAGAGAUAAUCAUAUUCAAGGUUACUUACCCAAAACAUUUUGCCAAAAUGAAUAUCUACAUCCCUAGAUCUCUCUAGAAACAAGUGGUUAGGAAAAAAAUUACCAUGUAUUCACAAUAUUUCAUAUUGGAGAUCAAGUAGAUUUGAAAAGAAAAUGCUAGUCACUAUUUCCUACGAAGGGGAAGUAUGUGUAUUCUUCACUUCAAAGAAUUUGGUUAAUCCGUACGUAGGUACUCCUCUCUGGGAGAUGACUCAACUUGAUUUAUCACUGAACAUGAUUAAUGGCAUCAUUCCUCAAGAAAUUGGAGGACUAAAGUGACUUCUAGUGCUGAACUUGUCUAAUAAUCACAUCCAAGAUUCUCUGCCAACAGCAAUAGCAAGUAUGGAUACAAUGGAAAGUUUAGAUCUCUCACAUAAUGAUUUAAGUGGUUCCAUCCCCUUGGAAAGGGUUCAACUCUCAUCUCUUUCAAUUUUUAGCGUUGCCUUCAACAACUUGCAUGGUCCAAUCCCUAGUGGUAGAUAGUUUGGAACUUUUUCAGAGAGUAGUUAUGAAGGUAAUCUAGGAUUAUGUGGAAAAUCUCUCAAAAAGCUUGCUCUUUUGACAAAGAGAGAAUGAAAAGGAUGUCAAAUGAGAGAUAAAAUAAGACAAAAUGAAAUGAUUUUGAUGAUGAUUUCUUUUUAUUCACUUGUUACGGCUACAUUUAUUUUGGGUUUUUGGGGGGUUUCUCACCAGCCUCUUCUUGAAUAUGAGUUGGGGGAAAAAAAAAUUCAAAAUCAUUGAUGAAUACCACAAUAUGUACCUUAGGGAGCAUUGAAAUUUUCAUGCUCAAGAUAAUAGAUUUGUAUGGAUAUGAAGGUUUUUUAGGCAAACUGUUAAUUUCUUUUGUAAGUAUUUUUUAAAAUGAUUUUCAAUGGUAAUCUCUUAUUGAUUGUUGGGGUAUUAUCUUUGAAUAAAUUCUUUCCAGUUCCUUUAGACUUGGGAAACUACCAUAUCCAACAGUUAUUGUAAAACACCUUUUAUCUUUUUCUUAACUUCAUACAGAUCAGUAAGAAAAGAAUAUCGUAAUCUGUUUUCAACUCAUUCUUCUUUAUUUGUCACUGUGAAGGCAUUUAUAAAAGGAGAAAUACAUAAAAUAUCGUUGAAAACCCUGCAUCUCCAAAUGAGCAUGACACUAUUGUAUUAGACUAAAAAAACUAACGUAUCAACUAGGAUCAAUACGUGGACCAUCGGAUGUUGUUUGAUUGAACACAGAUAAGAAGACUGUAAAGGUCAGAUUAGGACAAAUGAAAACUAUCAGGUUUAAUUUCAAGAAGUAGGUUUACAGAUCAACUUGCGACUGGCUCCUAACAAUUUAUCAGAAACAGAAAACAGAAGUAUUGCCGACUUCUCUACAGAUGAUCAUCUUCAAGUUCCUAAUUCCAUUGAGAUGGUUUUCUUACAAACUAGUAUGGGUUGAUUGUCAGAAAGAGGGUUAUAAUUCUAUUGACAUGCUGAGAGAAAUUAUACUCCUAAAUUUUCGUUCGAAAUGAGAGUUUGGCUGAAAGGAAAAGGGCAAGUUGGAGUGUCCCUGUAUGGAGAGAUGAGCUGGGCCAACACAAUUAAAUGAUUGGAGGCAGAAUUGUGUAAAAUUGUUCCUUCAAAGAAAACUCAUCUUUAAUUUAAGGCGUAAUAUGUGGAAUCAGUUUAUAUCUACUUUGCAUGUAAUAAAACAUAUAAAUAUAUAUCUGCCAGAAGGUAGGUGGGCGGGUGUGUAUCUUCCUCGGGAUUUAUAUCGUUUCCCCAGAUAGUUAUUUACUUUACGACAGACCAAUGCAGCGGCCAAAGGGGUAUCCCCAUAUGACGUCUUGACCUCAUUUCUAGGCUUUUCAACUCUGCCUUGACCCUCUACCAUCAGAAUACCAUUCUUGCAUUUGGCUCCCGCCAGCAAGCUCCAUCCACGCAUAAACACCGAGUUAUUCACAACUUUCCUGGGUUCCCCACAUUGGUAAGAUUCUUAUUUAUUAUGCAGCUUCUUUUCCACGGUAAACUCAUCAGAGGGCUCCGUACGAGAGCACUUGCGUCGAGCUGUUGUCCCGUCCAUACCGGUCCUCCGGUCCGUUGAUCCGCCAGUUCGCCUAAUCUGAACCUCGAUCCGCCGCUUACUCACGAGUUGUCGCUGAUCCACAGAUUGGUAUAUAACGCCUUGUGGGAUGACAACGAACCCCAAUGGAAUAUGUAAGGAAUGAGGAGAGUUAUCCCCAAGACAGGUUGGCUGUCUUUAUUGCAUUAUUAAUGUGUUACACCGAAUCCGGCAACUAACCGUAAACUUAUGAUCGUCUCCCUUCUCCCUUUCUCCGUUUACUAGAAGGCACGUCGAUUGCAACAUCCAUCGUCAUCACCCUUUACGGGCGACGAGUGGCUUGUGGAACACCUAUGCUCGCCGGCCGAUUAUUGUUAACCCAGAUCGUUCGUGCGUUGACGUCGGAUCGACUCCACACCAUCAGUGAGGCCCAUGGUCCCAUGAGAGUAAGAGAGGUUCAACCGGAAUAACUAAUGGAUACUGCUCCAGUGAAAGAACCAGAGGUGUAGAUUAAUUCGGGGAGAAUUGAGGAUGCCAUGCGUCUAUUCGUUCCCUUGAAGAAAUCGUUAUGAACUCUUGAGGGGCAGACAAGACAGGACGUAAACAAACCGGUACGAAUCCAACCGAGAGAGACAUAAGAAACCAAAAUCAUUAAAAACACUUAAACUCAUUAAAUAACGUCAAGACCAUAAUAUUUGAUCAAGAGGAACGCAAUGGCAUGCCCCAACCCAUCUGUCUGCCUCACGUCGACUUCAGCCAGCGACUCAGCGCCGCCUCUUUAUGAGAUUAGCGGUUGAUCGAGACCCGUACUGCACCUCCACAACAAUCCACUCACGCUGUCGCAGCACUGAUUCAUGGAUAUAAAGCUCAGUAUUCUGUUGCCCCUCCGAAUCAACAAGCCUACAAAGAGGGAGCCUGCCGGUGACAGUUUGCGGAAAAAAUAUGAUCUCUUCCCCUGCUGGUGGCGCUAGAACCUUACGGUAUAUUGUUCCGGGAAGACUGAUCCUGGUUCUCGUCAUCAUAGCCUCGUCUGGUCGGGGGUGGGAAGUGAUGUGUUGUCACGACGAGGAGAGGAAGGCUUUGCUUGAGAUCAAGACGUCUAUCAAUUUCCCCAACAAAGGCUUGGCCUUACCCGAUUGGGGCAACUCAACAACAGAAGUAGGAGAAGACUGCUGCCAAUGGCCUGGCAUAACCUGUGACUUCAACACCGGUCACGUGGUUGAGAUCGAUUUGUACAGCGAGAGGAGUUCUGCGAAGGAGACAUGGAGCCCAAACCUCACCAUGUUGGCGGAGUUAGGGCAGCUCAAGAAGUUGAAUUUGGGGCUCAAUAAAAUGAACGGUGGCAUUCCAGAGGGUAGGUAACUUCCUCCAAUCGUGACAAAUAACUGGUUUAUUAACAUCUUUUUCACUUGAACAGUGUUGAGAUCAGUCUAGGUAGGUUGAAAUAUUUCACAACUUAUCCUUCUCAUCAAUCAUUUCAUAAAGGGGUUUUCUCCUUUUGUCUUGUUCUUUUUUUUUAUCGCAGUUAUUUGCAACUUGAAGAACCUGAAGCUUCUAGACCUUUCCUUGAACAUAUUGAAUGGUCCCAUCCCAUCGUGCUUGUGCAGCUUGAGGUCUCUGACAGAACUCGAUUUAUCUUAUAAUGAAUUGCAAGGAGACAUCCCUUCCUGUUUCGGCAGCUUUCAAUCGUUGGCAAUUCUCAAUUUAUUCAGCAACCAGUUCGAAGGAAACUACUCAUCCUCGAUGUGCAGCAUUGAAUCCUUGACAGAGCUCCACUUGUCUUAUGACGCAUGCCCUGGCAACAUUCCCGCAUGUCUCGGCAACUUGCAAAAGCUCAAAUACCUACAACUUGGUAAUAGGUUGAAUGGGUCCAUCCCUUCUUCGAUGUUCCACAAUCUGACGGAAUUAACUACUCUACAAAUAAACAGUGAUCAAUUGGAAGGCACUUUGAAGUUCUCAGUUUUUGCCAACCUUUCCAAACUCAAAGAAGUAGACAUCUCCUCCGGACGAGGAUUAGAAAUCGACACCGAAGCCCCAAUCUCUUGGCAUCCAUCUUUUCAGCUCUCAGAUUUGUCUAUACGUGAUUGUGUUGUCAAUAAGCGUAGUAAUAAGAGGCUUCCCACAUUUCUCUGGACUCAGAAAACACUAGAAACCUUGAUCUUGAUGGGCACGUCUAUCACAGAUACCCUGCCAAUUGGUCUUUUCUGCAACUCCAGUUUAUCCUCUCUGGAUUUAAGGAGCAACAAUAUUUCUGGCUUAUUUGUUCUGCCUUGCCACAAUGCUUCCAAAAAUGCUUUCGAAAUCAACUUAUCCGAUAAUCAUCUAUACGGACCGCUCCCUAAAAGCAUCGGCCUUUUCUUUCCAAAGUUGAAUAUUUUUAGGAUCGCCAGAAACGAGUUGGAAGGACCCAUUCCUUCGUCCUUGACUGACAGAGAACUCAAUUUAUUAGAUUUAAGUGACAACCAUUUUUCAGGUAAGCUUCCCCUUGGUUUUACUAGAAACCAGACUAUAUUGUCUUAUGUAAAUGUGUCUUACAACCAACUCCAAGGGGAGCUUCUCCCAGCUGAUGCUUAUAUGCCACUUUUACAAGUCUUGAUUAUCAAAAACAACAAAUUCACUGGGUCACUUCUCCCAAAGUUGGCCAACUCUUCUCUUCUAUUCAUCAUUGACGCUGGAUACAAUCAUUUCAUAGAAAAUUUCUCACAGGCGCUACCUCUUCUACCUUAUAUGAUUGUACUUUCCUUGCCAGAAAAUCGUGUUCAGGGCUACAUACCAAGAACUUUGUGUCAAAUGCGAUAUCUACGAUCGUUAGAUCUUUCUGGAAACAACCUGUCGGGCGUAAUUCCACCGUGUCUUCAUAAUAUUUCGUCCUGGACGUCAAACAUCCCACGAGACAGCCCAAUAUGGAUAGACAGCGGCCCUGCGGAUCCAACUGUGCUUCUCACUUCAAAGAAUUUGGCCAGGCCUUUCAAAGCGGAUAUUCUUUACAGGAUGACCUUACUUGAUAUAUCAUUGAACAAGAUUCAUGGUGUUAUUCCAGGGGAAAUUGGAAAGUUGAAGGGGCUUCGUUCAUUGAACUUGUCAAAUAAUCAGAUCCAAGGUUUUAUACCCGUUUCAAUCGCAGACAUGAACAUUUUGGAAAGUUUAGAUCUGUCCCGCAACAGGCUAAGCGGUAUCAUUCCUGAGGGAAUGGUUCACCUCAAUUCCCUCGCAACUUUAAGCCUUGCUUUUAACAACUUGUCCGGUAUUAUCCCCAAUCGUGGACAGUUCCCAACUUUUUCAAAGAGUAGUUUUGAAGGUAAUCCAGGAUUAUGUGGAAUACCAGUUGAAAAGAGUUGUUCUUCCAAUAAUGAUGGGUCUAAUGUGACCACAGACAUCGGAAAGAAUGAAGAAAACUCCAAAUCACUGGAGGAUAUUUUAUUUUAUUCAUUCUGUAUAGUGACGUUUAAUUUGGGUUUUUGGGGAUUUCUUGCCGGCAUUUUCUUCAAUUUUGUUUGGAGGAUGAUGUAUUUCAAAAUCAUUGAUGAGUUGUGA